UUUCACUCAUUCAGCUAUAUUUAAGAUGAAUGCAGUCGUGGCUUUCUGUAGAUUGUAGCUCUAUCGUACAGCUAUAGAACCACCUACGCACUAAAACCAAAACGCCUCUUAGUAAUCUGAAUUGUAUCAUUUACAAAUGCUUUGCUAAUUUUAUUUCUGGUUGUUUUGUGACGUCAUGCAAAAUUUGGCAAACACGACAAAAACAGAUCGAUCGGUUGAGUGAGACUUGAUUCGUUUGAUUAAUGCGACUAGAACUCUUAAACACAUAACUUGUUCGUGAAUAGGUAAACGUUACUUGUACGCAGCAUUAAAAAAAUCACUCAAUUCAUUUAAGGCGUGCGAAUGCCGUGGACAUUGAACAACCUUAGCAAUAGAGCGCUACCAGACGUUGUGUUUCUAUGGAGAAGCCCUCCGUGUUGUCAUGCAGUCGUUGCGGCUACCCCGGGCACUUCACGUACCAGUGCAGAAAUUUCCUUAAGGUAAACCCGUUUGCUGCAGACAAACCUGGCGGGGUGUGCGUAGACGUGUCAAGCACGUCGUCGGAAGACUCCGACGAUGAAACGUCGAGCGAUUUCCAUAAAGCCGAUCCCACCUCGAGUUCGCGAGCUGUUGACAUGAAGAGAUCGAGGUCGUCGAGGGACCAGUUCUUUAAGAAAGCGGUGGAAAGUGGGACGACUGAGAUAAGACAAAAAAAAACCAAAAAACACCGAAAGGAUAAAAAAAUAAAGAAAGAGUCAAAAAAGAAAAAAAAGCAUCACAAAAAGGGAAAGAAGCAUAAGAAAGACAAACGAUACAAUUCAGAUUAAGUUGCUGUAAGAUUAAGGAUGGUAAGGUCUUACCCUUCUGAAGUUUAGUAUUUGACGAACCUGGGUGUUAUUUAACAGUCAGCACAGAAUUGAUCUGUCAAGCAAUUCGAACAAUUGCUCGUACAACCAGGCACUCGUACUUGUAUACUCUGUAUAAUCUGAAAUUACUACUUUUCUAUAUCUGUAGAGAUUAAAUGUCACGGGACUAAACUUGACAGCGGGCAAAUAUGUACAUAUAUUCUAUCUCGUUCUUGUCGCAUUUCUAUAUAUAUACACAUUAAUGCAGUCCAUCAAUAUAAAGCAACAAACCAGCCAGGUAAGAAUAAAUAAAAAAAACACAAAAUAUGCUCUUCAUUCAUUUUUUUCCCUUAUGCUAUUUAUUUUAUUAUGUCGUGGCAGCCGGACCUUGAAACGGAUUAAUAUAUUAGGUUGCUGCGAGCGAAAUGAAUAUAUAUCCAGUGGACUUUGAAAUUUGAACUGCGCGCCGCUAAUUUUCGGCGCGAAACUUGGCAGGUAGAGCUUCUAGAAACUUUUACGCGAACGCUGACUGGGCGCAAUUUAGGAGAAAUUAAUUCAGAAAAAAAAUUUCUAGCUUCUAAAACGAAUGCUCAGGGCUCAAGUUUUUGUAAUUCAAAGCCGCAGCGCUGCAAAAAUUCAUUGAAGAUUGUUGAAGACAUUAGGCAACGAGACCUUACGCAAAUGUACAGUAUGUAAGCAGUGCGUAUGUCCUAAAGAAGAGCGUUGAAGGUCAACAAGAAUGUAACCGAUAUCAGGACCCGAAGUGCAAAAACGCAUUGCCACUAUUGAAAAGGCUUUUACGAAAUUAAAGCUUGAAGCCCUCCUUGAAGACCCUCUUGGCCAAAAGUAGCAUUUUACAUGUAAUAUAUUACAGAAUUAUAAUUUGAAUAUUGAAAAUGUAUGAACAGAGUAAAAAUAAGCAUGAAUUAGAUCCAGGAAUGUUAGAAACACCUGUAGUGUAUUCUUUGUACAAUUAUCACUGCUUUAAUGAACAAAGAACCCGCAUGGAGUAUACAGUCGCCACAGAUAAGGCAUGUAACAGCCUCUACUUUUAGCCGCGGGGCCACUGAACGAGAGAACAGCGUCACCCUGGUGAAAAUUAAAACUUAAAGGCAGGUUUUGAUUUAAAAAGGUUCUGAUUUAUGGUAAAGGUAGUACUUGUAAUGGACAUCAGGGACAUCUGAUACUAUGCGACAUUUGCUGAAAAUGAAAAGAUAAAUGCAGCCCUCUUGGGGAACCUAAGAUGCUUAUGGACCGUCGACAUGGUGAUAGGAAGCACGUGGUCCAGUUAUUUGAUGAUGUCAUCGCCAUGUCUCAAUUAUUUCGCAGAUUUAACAAAAAAAUACUCAAUGUUGGCUUCAAGCCACAUAUAUUAUUGAUCUUAAAUCAUGACUACGUGGCCCAGAAAUGCCCAAAAAACGUCUACCGACACGCAAUUAGUAUCACGUCAUCAAUUUACUUCGAAAAGCCAUAGAUAAAGGAAUCAUAUAUGGGAAUGUGGAUAAGUAUAUGGCUGUCCAGAAUCUUCCAAAGCGCUGAGCAAAAUGUGUAA